CAGCAGCGGGGGCGCCCCGUGGGGACACGCGGGGCUGCUGUGUGUCUCCCGGUGCCGGCCCCACGCUGGGCCGGCGCACCCAUCCAGCCGGGCUGGACCGUGAGGUCUGCCAGGCUGUGGGGGGACCCGGCAGCGGUGGCGCCGGCACCCACUGCCAUGAAGACUGCCAAGUAGGGUUCUGGAGCUGGUGAGGGCCACCACCUGCAGCGCGUCAGUGCCCGGGAGAUGCCUGAGAGGGACACUUCUGGCCUCUGCUACCCCCAGGGUCCCCCGGGAGGCCUCCUCACCCUCGGGCUCCUGCCUGCCCGGACCCAGUUCUCCCGAGGCUGCGCCCCCGGGGCGAAGCCUGGCCCUGCCUCACAGCCCCACCCCUGGUUCUCUCCCUGCCACUCAGCCCGUUUCCUCCCCUCCUCCUGCCCAAAUGCCCAGUUCUUGCCCCUCUUCCCAUUUCCCCAACUCCGCAUGGGACCCUCCCUGAGGCCUUUGAUUUUUGUAGCUCUAUUCAUCAUCCCAUGGGACUUGAUAAAGAUGUUUUCGGUAUAUUCCCUCCCAUUUCUGAAUGAAAACUCACACGUGCCGGCUUCGGAGUUCGGUCCUUCCCUGUCCAGAUGGAACCUAAGCGAAGGAGCCAGACAUGUCUUCAGCGCUCCUCUGUUAUAUAACAGACUUCAUGUUCCUCCUGCAAAGGAGAGGUGGUGUGAAGGUUUGGGAGUUAAAAUGCCAGACCCUGCCUGUGCCACACCGCUUGUUGCCAUGGCUCCGCCUCCAACACCCCCCAGCGGAAUCCCGUGGGAAGGUUCUGAUGAUGGUUCUGAGAAAAGAAAAGAAUACCCGACACCAGUAAUGCAGGAUAAAGGAAGCUGUAGUGUGGUCCUGGCUCUGAAUAUUUUAUGGCCCUGCUCUCCAACAGUCCAAAGACUGGCCUGGUCUUGUGAAUCUCAGGUGGAGGCCAGCACUUAUGUGCAGAUUCUUGGUGGAAUCAACCUGGCUCUACAUUCUUGGCUGUUACAGCAUAAGGAGGCAAACCAGAGGAGAGAUCCCCUUAUGGAAGCUGCUCUAUCAUGUCCUAAAGCACCUGAGAACAUGGAUUCAGAAUUUGGAACAGCAUACAUAGGUCUUAGAGGGGUGGGGAUGCAGACAGGGCCGUCUACACAUUCAUGGGCAUUUAGCAAAGAGGAGGAAGUCGAGAUUCUCUGGCCUACUCUGUACACGUGUGUAAGCCUGCUGGAUUUUCUGGGCUGCUGGGUUUCUGGAUCAGCUUUAGGUCUGAAGAAACCAGGCCCCCUGGCCGGGGAGCUGCUGUGGGCUGUGGUGCUUGCCGGGGCCCUGGCUCUGGCGCCUGCCGAGCUCUGA